UCAUUACCAGAGCUGGAGCCUCCGCGAGCAGGAAAGGGAGCUCGCGCCACUUGCUGCAGGGAUAUCACCUCAGAUGGACUUGAUAUAAAUCAAGAAUACACAUUUUCCAUCUGAUAAUGAACACGUAGGUGGUAGUUACAAGUGCCGUUUUGUGGAGAAAAAACUUAGCCUUACAGCCAGCGGUGUUUUAAUGUGUUUCAUGUGUUUGCGCUCAACAGUGAGGUAGACCUUAAUCGAGCACAUUUUUACAGGAGUAUUGGCGUGAGAUUUAUCCGGCGGAUGCAGCUGUCGGGGUCGGUGUCUGAGCCCUGCAGGAGCAGCCUGUCAUACUCAUAGGGCAGCAUGGUUUCUCUGGUGCUUCACAAGUGGAUGAGGAAUAUUUCUCCGGAGAUGCUUCUGUUGGUGCCUAUUUUGUUGUUUUUACCUCUGACUGGAGCGGCUCCUUCUCUGACUAACGAGCAGCUGGACACCGGGGUGGACUGGCUGAGUAAGUUUGGCUACCUCCCGCCCCCUGACCCAGUGACUGGUCAGCUUCAGACCAAGGAGGCCCUGACCAAGGCCAUCAAAGCCAUGCAGAAGUACGGAGGGCUGAAGGAGACCGGAGUCUUAGACCAAGCCACAAUGGGCCUAAUGACAACACCCAGAUGUUCCCUGCCAGAUGUUUCUGACACCGAGUUGACAGUGGGCCGCAGGAAACGAAGCCUGGCAACUCUGAAAAAAUGGGAUAAGAGGCAUCUAUCCUGGAGAGUGAGGACCUUCCCUAAGGACUCUGCCUUGCUGGGCAGGGACACGGUUCGAGCCCUGAUGUACUACGCCCUGAAGGUCUGGAGUGACAUCGCGCCGCUAAACUUCCACGAGGUGGCCGGCAGCGAUGCGGACAUUCAGAUAGACUUCACUAAGGCCGACCACAACGAUGGAUACCCCUUUGACGGGCCAGGGGGCACCGUGGCACACGCAUUCUUCCCCGGGGAGAGGUUCACAGCUGGGGAUACGCACUUUGACGAUGACGAGGCCUGGACCUUCAGAUCUCCAGACACUCAUGGGAUGGAUCUGUUUGCGGUUGCAGUCCAUGAGUUUGGUCACGCCAUCGGCCUGGUCCACACCUCAGCCAUAGAGUCCAUCAUGAGACCGUACUACCAGGGUCCUGUAGGAGACCCUCUGAAAUACGACCUUCCGUAUGAAGACAAGGUCCGCGUCUGGCAGCUCUACGGUGUCAGAGACUCGGUGUCCCACACAAACCGACCAGGCAACCCCUCCCAGACGGCUGAACCUCCAGUACUGCUGGACCUCCCUGAAAACAGAUCUACUCUACUGCUGGCUCGUGAUGCUCCAGACAGAUGCACCAGCCACUUUGAUGCAGUGGCCCAGAUACGAGGAGAGGCCUUCUUUUUCAAAGGAAAGUACUUCUGGCGACUAACAAGAGAGAAGCACCUGGUGUCCCUGCGCCCCGCUCAGAUCCAUCGUUUCUGGAGGGGCCUCCCCCCCAAUCUGGACAGUGUGGAUGCUGUGUAUGAGAGGCCUGGGGACCAUAAAAUUGUAUUUUUUAAAGGUCUAAAGUACUGGGUAUUUAAGGAUAAUAACGUAGAGGAGGGCUACCCUCGUCCAAUCAGUGACUUUGGCCUACCCUUGGAAGUAAUAGAUGCAGCCUUUGUUUGGCUACACAACGAGAAAACCUACUUCUUCAAGGACAACCUGUACUGGCGCUACGAUGACCACCUGAGACGAAUGGACCUGGGAUACCCUAAAGACAGCUCGCUCUGGAAGGGGCUGCCGCCACAACUGGACGACGCCAUAAGGUGGUCUGAUGGCUCGUCCUAUUUCUUCAAGGGGAAGGAGUACUGGAAAGUGCCGAGCAGCGACAUGGAGGCGGAGGCAGGAUACCCCCGCUCCAUCGCCAAAGACUGGCUGCUGUGCACCGAGAUGCAGGCAGACUCUCCGGACACGGAGACGAGACUCAACGUGCAGCAUCAGCCGGACCACGCAGAGAACGGGUUCGAGGUGUGCUCCUGCACCUCGGACUCCGCCUCGCCUUUAGGCGCCCGCCACUCCCCCUCCCCCCUGUGGCUGCUGCCCCCCCUCUGGACGCUCUCGCUGGCCCUCCGCUCUGAACUGCUAUGAUGCCAAAACAUGGGACGAGGUUCCUGAGCUGAUAUUUGGAGGGUGAAUGGACACUCAGUGCAAGCAAAAACUGGAAUAUUUCCUCUCACAGUUUCAUUCGGUAUCCUUUAGCUUAUUUUGCUGUUAUUUAUUUUACAUGAUGCAAGUAUUCAUCCUCGUGGACAUCAACCCAUUCAUUGACUGAAAUGCCUCAUCUCUUCAAGGAAAAGGUUAUAGAAUCGUAUUCCAAGAGUAAUCAUUUGUGUUCAUGUGCAGCAGGUUAACCUCUGCAAGGCCUCACGUACAGACGGGUUCAUCCUGAGCUGUAGGCAACGUACAAGUCGCAACAUUUGAUUACAAUUAGUUCAAAUUAACAAGUAGAUGGUUCAAGAUUCUGCCUCUACCCGAAUAAGGUGGAGGUGAUAGGAAUUUGUAUGUGUUGUUUAAAACACUGAAAAAUGACUUUUGAAAAAAAUAAACACAUAGUAAGUCCUUACAAGGACGGUCGCAGGGAUAUUUGCAAUUAUAAAAGUAAUUUUUGUUUACUUUGCCGUGUGCACCACUAACACUUUUCAGCCGCCUAACAUUCAGUGUGAACACCAAUACUGCGAGAGCGGUAAGGAUGGAUGGACAGAGGAACUGCUGCUCAUGUACGUAUUCAUCAUUUCCAACUCAGAUUCGGAAGCAUUCCUCGCUCUUAGUUUGGUUGUAUCUUUUAUAUUAAAUUUAGAUGAAUAAUAUUCCUGUUUAUUUGACAUUGCGUCGAUCAGGUCGUAGAGUUUAUAGAGGUUUUGUUAGACUGAUGGACAUUUACUUUAUCACCCCUAGCUCCUUCUGAAGAAUAAAAACGUGGUUUAUUCUUGCUGUAAAGAUAUAUUUACCUAUAGACGGAUAUAUUUGAGUUGAAAGGUUCUGCAGUUGAUGCAUAACCAAGUGGACUGUGUAUAUUUUAAGCUGUGUUUUCUAAUGUAAAAUAUUUUUGUAUAAAAAUAAAAUCUGAAUGACUUUAAGUUGUGACGUAAAUUCGUA